UGAGGGGGCGACCUGCUCAAUGUAGAAUAAAACAGCUGUUUGUAGAAAACAUGUAUAGAGUCUUCAUGAAAUUAACACCGUUUUGAUUAUAUUUGUCAAAAGUGCUGUUCUUUGUGAAACAUUUCUGCAAAAAAAAACAACAACAACUAGUGCACCUUGGUAGUGGUAUUUUCAGCACUCACAGCACAGAGAUGAGUAGUUUCUCUAAUCUGGGAAAAUAUGUAACAAACUGCAGGCUAUUUCACUGCUUUUUAGCAGAGUAUGGCACAAUCUUUUGACCAUGGAAAUGUUGUAAGAGUCAGACCUAAAUAUAACUAACGACCACCCUCUUGACUUGUGUGUGUGUGUGUGUGUGUGUGAGAGAGAGAGAGCUCACGCGCUUGUGUAAGGAGUGGGCACGUUUACUUCAGCAAGUGUCACAUCAAAACAACGACAAGUUGAGAAGACGCCAACAACGCUGCAAGAUGGAGGAGCAUUCUGUUGUUAAAAAGCGCUCUGUGGCUGAACUAGCUGGAAAAUUCAGUUGCCCAAUAUCCCAUAUGACAGACGCUGAAGUGAACAAGCCUGUGAGGAGGAGACCCCCACGCUCUCUGCCGCUGCCUGCUGGUAAUGACGCAGGUCAAGGCCAGGAUGAGAAAGGAGCUGAAACCGUAUCAACCAGGAAGAACAGAAACUCUGCCCUCAUUGAGAAACUGCAGGCCAGCCUUACGCUUUCUCCCACGGGACCUCCGCCCUUCCCAAAGAGCCCAGGGGUGGUGAAGUUGCCGAUGCCGCUCUUCUCCCCCGGCUCUCCCAGCAGCCCCUCUAGUCCUCCUGCAACUGUCACACCCAAACAAGAGGAAACUCCUGCCAACUUUGAGAGUACCGCCGAGGGAACUGUUCUCAAAAGCAUCAACAAGGGUAGAGCUCGACAUUCCAUCAAGCGGCGCCCGCCGUCUCGCCGACACAGGAAGUCCAGUGCAGAUGAAGGCGGAGAAGAGGUGGAUAAAACAGCCACCCUCGAUCAAACGACUCCAAACGGGCAUGAAGGAGACGUGUUUGAAGAACUCAAGACCUCACCGGAUGCAGAAUCUCUCUGCUCUAAAGAACCGAUUGAGCAGGAAACUAGAUCCACAGAUUCUGAGAAGCCAGAACCGGAGGAAAAAGUGGAGACUGUGACUUCAGAAAAGGAAGAGGGAGAAGAGAAAGAAGAGAAAACAGAACCAGAGACAAAGGAAGAGAAAAGUGAAGAUGAACCACAGCUGGCUAACAGUACAGAAGAAACACGCGAAGAGCCAGUCACGCAACCACAAACAGAACCGGACACAACAGAUGAGAAAGAAGAGGAACAGAAAGAAGAUGAAGUAAAACCAUUAGAGCCAAGUGACGCAAACACAAACAUAAAUCAGGUUUUAGCCACAACACACCUAAUACAUAUGAAUCAACAAUGUCCAUCUUGAGGGUCCAUGACCACCAGCCUAAUCCUGUCACACUGGUUCUGGAUUUUAGAGCUUCAUUCAUAUCACUGUAGGAUAUCUUUGAAGAGAAGCCAAGUAGGAGUAUUAACAGCUGUUUAGCAUGUUGGUUGACCAAGGUUUUAUUUUCUUCU